UGUCAUUUAGAACGUGAUCCAUAUUUUGAAGCCACGAUUUAUUUCAUGCAAGUUUGUAAAUGCUAAAGUCUAAAUGUAAGCAAAGUCUGUACGAAAUCUGUUGAUGGGGCGACGACAACUAUGAGCCACACUUGCACACAUUGACGAUUGACGGUAGACUAGACGGUUCGGUUACAUUGAAAAGCAAAGUUAAUUCCUUCGAAGUGAUGCCACUAUUUGGCAAGAAGGAUUCCGGCAAGAAGGCCAAGUCAAAGGAUAUGAAGGAGUUAAGCAAACAAGUGUCAAUUGAGGAGAAGUACAAUCUUCAUGGUCUUUUGGGGACCGGUGCCUUUUCCGAAGUGCGACUGGCAGAGAGCAAGGAUACUCCUGGCGAUCAUUUCGCUGUUAAAAUAAUCGACAAGAAAGCUCUGAAGGGAAAGGAAGAAUCUCUGGAAAAUGAAAUACGUGUUCUGAGAAGGUUCAGUGCAAAUCAUUUCGAUGCCAACUGUCCGAAUGGAACGCGAUUAACUCACCCCAACAUUGUGCAACUCCUGGAAACGUACGAGGACAAGUCGAAGGUGUACCUAGUUAUGGAAUUGGUGACUGGCGGCGAGCUCUUUGAUCGUAUUGUGGAAAAAGGUUCGUAUACGGAAAGGGAUGCCUCUCAUCUUAUACGACAGAUUCUAGAGGCUGUAGAUUAUAUGCAUGAACAGGGAGUUGUGCAUCGGGAUCUUAAGCCGGAAAACUUACUUUACUACAGUCCUGAAGAUGACAGCAAAAUAAUGAUUAGCGAUUUUGGUCUAUCAAAAAUGGAGGACUCUGGCAUUAUGGCUACAGCAUGUGGAACGCCGGGAUAUGUUGCUCCAGAGGUCCUGGCCCAAAAACCAUAUGGAAAAGCCGUUGACGUAUGGAGUAUUGGAGUAAUAUCAUACAUUCUAUUGUGUGGCUAUCCCCCGUUUUAUGAUGAAAAUGAUGCAAAUCUUUUUGCUCAAAUAUUAAAAGGUGAAUUCGAAUUCGAUUCCCCUUACUGGGACGAGAUAAGCGAGUCGGCCAAGCAGUUUAUUAAAAACUUAAUGUGCGUCACCGUCGAAAAGCGAUUUACUUGCAAACAAGCUUUGGCUCAUCCUUGGAUCUCUGGAAAUGAGGCCAGUAGCAAGAACAUUCACGGAACUGUUUCUGAACAAUUGAAGAAGAACUUUGCUAAGUCCCGUUGGAAGCAAGCAUACUAUGCGGCCACAGUGAUCCGACAAAUGCAGCGAAUGGCACUUAGCAGCAAUAGCAGUGCAACAACUGAUGCCACUAACAAUGACGGUAGCCGAAAGGACUCAUCCAAUCCAACGGUAGCCACUGUGCCGUCUGUGUCGACCGACGAGUCAGCAUCGCAAUCAACACAUUGUAAUAUAGCAGGUUCUAGUGAGCCACCACAGGCACAAAGCCAGCCAGGUCAGGACUAUCACCAAAGAACAAGUCAACCGAAUUAAGAUUCAAGAUUUUGCCAGACCAGCAUAUGCUUAUAUUUCAUUGCACAACCAUUGCUGACGUCCUAUUUACUAGAAUUGCGACGCGACAGAUUAAAACAUUAAUAUUAAGCCACAGAAAUUAUUCCACUUAUAUGUGGAGCGAUUAGUUAGAUUGUUUUUGUACUGCGAUAAAUGAUGAGGUAUUUUGAUUUGAACAUCGGAUAUUGAGAAACCAAAUAAAAUAACACAUUGAUUUUGGCCAAGUAUCACAUUUAA